AUGGAAAAUCAAACUUUUAAAUUUCACUUAUUUUUACUAACCGAGCUAGCUAAAGACGAAGAAUCAUCUGAUUAUGAUGCACUUAUGGCUGGUGGACUUCAUCUCACCAUCCAAUAUGAAAAUCUCACAAGUGAAUCCUUGUCCAAGUUAAUUGAAUUAAAUAGAAAAUUUACUGUACAUAUGAACGGCAUUCUGUACAAUAAAAUCAAGGCAGCUACUUACUUGUCAAUACAAGAUUUUGUCAAAAUUGUUGAACAAAUCAGUGAACAAACAGUUUUAAGAAUUAUGUUGAACGAUAGUCUAGGUAAACAAAAAAUAUCGGAAUUAAUUCCUGUAAAAUAUCGAGCAAUGCUGUAUAUCAUCGAAGCCCAAAUAUAUAAACUUGAAAACAAUAUUUCACAAUCGUUGACUAAGCUACAUGAAGCACUUCUGUGUUGUCCGAUUGAUGAUGUUAUAGAAGCCGUUGAUUACUUUUUGAGACAAGUUUAUUUCCAUGAAACAAUAGUUCAAACACUAGUGGAUGAUGUGAGAUCAAUCAAAGUAUAUUUGAAUCAAACCGGAUCGAGCAACCUAGCAAACACUAUCUUAACUGAUGAUCAAUUACCAGACAUGACAUUAAGUGGUAACGGUCUUAAGAAGACGCCACUGUUGAAUAUGAUUCGAAAAUAUGAACGAGCCAUUAUAAAACAAAUGAAAAACGAUCAUAUGAAUGCUGCUCUAUCCUAUAUUGAUCUGUCAAUGGCAGUGAAAGAUUUAACCUGUAUCUUAUCAAAUUUUGUUUUGGCUAGUCUGCAUUUCUAUGAACUUAUGAAACAAACUUCAGAUACUUCUAAAUUAUACGCUUAUAGAAAUGUGAUCAUUGAUCUGGUAGUUCAAAUAUUUUCUUUAUCACGACGAUAUUUGGCACCUCAUAUGGAAAUAUAUGUGUUUAAAAUAGCGUUCACAUUAAUGAUCAAGUCCACUCAACUUUUUCAAUCCCAUAUCAAAUCGACCAAACAGUUGACUGGCAAUCAAAAUCAGACUCAGUUAUUGAUAACAAAACAGCAGAAACUAAUCUUAUCCGAACUGUUGAAAAAUAUAAUACUACUUGCCAGAAUAUCACCUCUUUCGCAACUUCCAUUGUCACGUAGUUACGAUCUGUUAUACAUUGAAGUCGUGGGACAAGAGCUUCUCUCUAAAUUUUUGAUAAAUUCAGCAAAUAGUGAUGGGGGCACAUUAUAUGCGCCGUAUCUAUAUCAAUAUUAUGUAUUUGAAGGCGUAUGGUGCGACUGGAUAAAGAAUGAAACGUUUGACGCUGCAAGAUUCAACUGCAUGCAAUCGUUACUAAGAAGACGACAUUGGAGCAUGCUAGACGUGCAAAAUCUUCUGAACUGGUCGUAUUUACGACGAACUGUUGAUGGAUGGUUACCGACAAAAACAUAUGCUCUAAAUCUUGAUCGCCAAUCUCAGUUUAAGAAAGUAAAUGGCAUAUCAUUCAACAUUAGUACGGGAAAAAUCAAAUUUUUGCUUCAAGUAGCCCAAUCAAAAGAGCAAGGGUUGUUUGAUGCAAAUGAUGUCCAAGAAGUUUUAACAAAAGGCAUAACAAAUUCAUUGUUCACAUUGGACCAACCUGCUGUUGAGUUUCCGUCGCAUCCAUUUCAAGAGAUGCGCUAUGGACCAAGCAGUCUAUCAAAAACAAAUUUUUUAUCAACACUAUUGCAUGCUGACUAUUUGUUGAAAAUGAUUUCCACUGGUCUCGAAGUUUGCUCAGAGCCUCCUUUUCAAAUUCGUGACGCUUCUGAUGGUUUUAUGAAGCGUCUACCGGAGUGGUUGCAAGAGGAACUAAAACCGAUUGAUGAAAGAAACGAUUGCGCAAUUAUGAAUAGUGUACAUCGAUUUUGGAUUGAAGCAGGCGAAAUAGCCUAUCAACAUCAAUUCGACGAAAAUAACAAUAUUAUAACAUAUUAUCUGGAUGAUGUACCCAUGCAUGUAAAGAAGCAAUUGAUGCAAUAUGAUGAACAAGGAAAUUUGAUUGACGACGUUUCAAAACUAGAUGACGAUCAUUCGCCAGAAGGUGAAUUCGCCCAAGCGUUUACUCGAUACUAUGAUCAAAUUGGCUCGUAUUUUCCUGAAUUAUUACGACUCAAAGAGUUAUUAAAACUUGGUGUUUUACUUUUAUUUAUUCGAUCAACAUUUGAAAAUAUUCAAAAAUAUAUAAAUAAUAUUAAUAUUGAAUUCGAUUCAAUAAAUGAUUAUUUGCAAAGAAUUCGGAACCAAAUAACGUAUCCUUGUGAAACUGAUAGCGAAAUAAAUAGAAUUUUCAAUAGUUGCUUGAGUGGUCAAAACAUUUCCUACUCUCAAGUUCCAUACGAACAAAUUAAAGAAUUAAAGACAAAAAUCCGAUCACAACUAAUCGAAGCCGACAAAAGUAACUUGAAGAAAGUAACAGAAGGUAUUUGUGAAGCAUGCCACUGUGCCCAUCAAACGGCCACAAUAAAAACCUUGGUAUUAAAUUGGUUGUUGUACAAUCAAAAAGUAGAGCUUAUCAGCUUUAUAGUGCAUUCAUUAGAAACAUAUAAACGAGAACAAUAUUCAAAAGUGUUGGAGACGAUUGUUUAUAUGGGAGUCCAUCUUGAUGAAGAGAAGCAGUUUAAGUUAAACAAUUCAACUUCGGAGUGUUCGUGGGUUCCUGCUGUAUUUUGUUCAAAGAAAAAGAAUGGUUUGAAAAUUUACGGUGGUGUGAGUUUACAAAUCAAGUUGAAAGAAGGAAUUGUUCAACAAAACAAUCGGCAAGUGACAAUGAUUGAUGCUUUAACUAUGAUGAGAAAUAUAAGUCAAAAACAACAACACGGGGAGUCCACUACUGUCAGAAGUGGCGCAAUGUCUGACAGCAAUAGCAAUCGAGUCGGCUCUGUUAGUGACAGUGUAAAUGGCGAUCAAGGGUCUCGUAAUAAUGACUCUUAUCGUGAACGACAGCCACUUGAGUAUGAACCAACCGGCAGAACAGAACCUAAAAACCUCAACGAACAAAUAGCCAUGAAGGCUGCAAAAGCAGAUGCUGCAAACGGUGAAACCUUGAAAAAUAUAGUCCUGCGUGAUGCAAGAUGGUCUCCUGAAGGUGGUUGGGUGAAAAAGCAAUAUUUACAUAGAUCCCUAGAUAAAUCCACUAAUAUUGAAAUACAUUAUGUUUUUAACACCCUCACUGGCGAAGCAUUGGACUUCAAAUUUAAAGAUUAUCCUCGAGAAAAAUAA